UCAGUUUGGAAUUCGUUUAGCUAUGGCCACAACAACAGAGGAGGAGCAGCAGCAGCAACAGCAGCAGCAGAAGCUGGCACAAAAGGAGCUCGAGAUCUAUGAGAACUUUGCCACACCGUUGCCGGGCACUUUUCUCAAUUUGCCACAUGAGUCCGUGCUGCUCAAAUGUCCUGCCUGCGGCAUCAAGGAUAAGACAGUGCUGGAAAACGAUCUGAAAUGGUGGGCCAGUGAACUAAAUCGCAUUGUCGGCUGUCUCUUUGUGACCUUCUGCUGCUGUUGCUGCCUGGACUACAUUGUGCCCUGCAAGCAAACCGAUCGCAGUCAUUAUUGCGGCAACUGCGGCUGUUACUUUGGGCGCGCUAUGAAGAGACGAGCUCCACUCAAAAUUAAAUAGAGCGACAAACAACAGUUACAUUUAACCAAUAAAAAUUUGAU